AUAAAAUUGAUAGAGUACAGCAUUGGUCGAGAUGUGCAGCAAAACAGUUAGAACGAUGAAUAGGUCCGAACAGAGGUAGCUUAUAGACAUAACUUUCUAAGUUGAGAAAAGAAAGUGUUUGGUCCUGUGGCUACAUGAACGAGCGGAUUUCUACAGAAGCUGUAUGAUUAUCCCGUUACCAAGUAGGUCUGUUUAUAACCCUAAAUAAUCUCCUUUCGACGGUGUUUGAAGCAAUAUGAAAAGCUGGCAACGUGUGGAGCGCUCGCUGGGAAUGGACGAUAUUCCUGAUCUUCACUAUGACAGGAGCGCCCUGUUCGAAGACGCACUUAAUCCGGAGACGGACACUGACGCCGACAAGCUUAAAAAGGCGCCUCGAAAAACUUUCUACGAGCGUCGAAUGUUACUGAGGACUAUGAAGCUUCAUCCUGAGCCUUUCUUUAGAAAUGACAAGGUGUAUGAAGAUGUAAAAGACUUUCUAUUCGAACGACGUUAUCGUGCUGGUGAUCUAGUAUUCGAGCAGGGUAAUCCCGGGUACCACUUUUAUAUUAUUGAUUCGGGCGAUUUCGACGUGAUCAAAGACGGUGUAGCAAUUUACCGCUAUCAUAACAAAGGAACUUUCGGUUCAAGGUCACUGUACCGUCGAACCGAACGGGUAGCGACGAUUAAAGCGGUCACAGUAGGGAAAUUAUGGGAGUUGGACUGUCGAUCUAUACGCCGAUACCUUGCACGCAAGUCCUACUUAAUAAAUACAGGCGAACUUGUCGAAUACAAAUAUUGUGCAGUGCUCUAAUCGAUCUAAUAAGGCUUCUCGAUUCUCCAAUGGCUGUUCACUAUAUACAGCACAACUAUUGAAGUCGUUGUCUUCGUUUGAAUUUAUUGCUAUUUACGUCUUCAUGCUCUUGCGGAGCCCAAAAGUACUCUUGGCAUUUGUAAAAUGGUUCGUUAAAUUUUGGCCAUUUAUAAUGUUUAUAUAUCGAGCGUUACGCUAUGCUUCUCCAUGAGUAUUUAAUUUAAUCAUCAGGUUGACUUACCCUUUAAAAAAUAAAGUUAU